CUUGUUCCAGUUACCUCAUCACCGGACUCAAAGUCCCUCAGACCCAUUGCUCACCACAAAACAUCGUCGCCACUUUGACUGUUCACCGGAGACAUGAAUCUGCUUCUAAUCCUCACUAGCCUGGCGCUCUGGAGGGACGCUGUCUCCGUCCACCGUAGCUACCUGAAUGAUUUCCAGCGCUCUGAGGGCAGGGAGCUGGUUCUGAAGCCGUGGAACGCGGAUCGGCUGAUCCUGCUGACGGAGAUCUCACUGGAGAAGUGUGCCCAGCGCUGUUCUGAGAGUCACGACUGCAGGGCGUUCAACUAUGAGGCACGGCCGGUCCCUACCUGUAUGCACCUCCCCUGGGUGGAGGACGGCACCAACGCGGAGGUCAAACGAAAUGUCAACUGUGACCUCUACCAGAAGAAAGUCUACGUGAGGAAAUGCAUUGUGGGAAAGGGAGAGGACUACAGGGGGAAGGUGUGGGUGACACAGAGUGGACGGACGUGUCAGCAGUGGUGGUCGAAGUUCCCUCACGAUCACAGAUGGACCCCUAACCCCACUAACGGCUUGGAGUUGAAUUACUGCCGGAACCCAGAUGGGGACCCAAUCGGACCCUGGUGUUACACCACUGACCCAGAGCGACGCUAUGAGAGCUGCAACAUCCCCCGCUGCAAAGAUGAGGUGUGUAUUACCUGUAACGGGGAGGAUUACAGGGGGCAGGUGGACCACACAGUGAGUGGCAGAGAGUGUCAACGCUGGGACCAGCAGUUCCCACAUCAGCACAUCUACCAACCAGAGAAGUAUCCAGAUAAGAGUUUGGAUGAUAAUUACUGCCGCAACCCCGAUGCUUCCCCUGUGCCCUGGUGUUACACCACUGACCCUGAGGUGGAGAGAGAGAACUGUGACAUCAGCAAGUGCGCGGAGGCUCCAGCACGCCGUCACCGUUCCAGUUACACGACGAACUGUUUCCGUGGCCGUGGGGAAGAUUAUCGUGGGAAAGUCAACGAGACCACGUCUGGAAUCGCCUGCCAACGCUGGGACGCUCAGAAACCUCACGAACACCCCUUCUACCCCAACACAUACGAGUGCAAGGGUCUUGAGGAGAACUAUUGUCGUAACCCGGAUGGCUCUGAGGCUCCGUGGUGUUUUACAUCAGAGCCAGAGAUGAGAACGGCUCUGUGUCUGCAGAUUAAACGAUGUGCUGAUGACAUAGAGGCUGAAGACUGUUACCAUGAGAACGGGAAAAACUACAGAGGAACGGUGAGGAAAACUCGGAAGGGAAUUCUGUGUCAGAAAUGGAGUGUGAACACCCCCCACGUAACCAAGAUUAACCCAAAGACGCACCCGGACGCCAAUCUGACGGAAAACUACUGCAGGAACCCCGACGGAGACCAGCACGGCCCGUGGUGUUACACCACCGACCCCAAAACCGAGUUUGACUACUGUGCCAUUAAACAGUGUGCUGGAGAAAAACCUCCCAUCAUUGAGACCUCUGCCCAGGUGAUAAAGUUUAAUGAGUGUGGAAAGAGAGAUGAUCGUAAGGUGACAACCAGGCUGCGUAUCGUGGGGGGAACUCCAGGAAACUCCCCCUGGACAGUCAGUCUGAGAGACAGGAAGGGGAACCAUUUUUGCGGUGGAUCUCUGGUGAACUCUAAAUGGGUGAUCAGUACUAAACAGUGUUUCUCCUCCUGUUAUGUAGACCUGACAGGUUACACAGCCCUGAUGGGGACACUGUACCGUAACCCUAAGCAGGGGGAGCCAGGCAUGCAGAGCAUACCCCUCACCAAAAUCGUCUGUGGCCCCUCUGAGUCUCACCUGGUCAUGCUCCAGCUGGAAACUCCUGCCCAGUUCAAUGAGCGUGUGUCUCAGAUAUGUCUUCCCCCUGAGCGAUACAUAGUUCCUGAGGGAACCAUGUGUGAGAUUGCAGGCUGGGGAGAGACCAAAGGAACGGGGGAUGAGUUUGUGCUGAAUGUUGCUCAGAUGUCAGUUAUGAGCAACAAGGACUGUAACGAAUAUUUCCGAGGACGCGUCCGCGAAAACGAGAUGUGCACAUCAUCCUUCCAAGGGGGAGUGGGGGCGUGUGAGAGGGAUUACGGUGGCCCUUUGGCCUGUCAGAACAGUGACUGUUGGGUGCUGGAGGGGGUGAUCAUUCCCAUGCGUCGCUGUGGACACCCAGGCCAGCCCAACAUCUUCAUCCGUGUGUCCAUCUACGUCGACUGGAUCAAGAAAGUCAUGGAGAUGGCGUAGUCAUGGAGAUGGCGUAGUUAUGGAGACAUAGCCCCAUGCCCCCCCCCCCCCCCCCCCCCCCCCCGGAACACCCUGUACCACCUAAUCAUGCCCAAGAGUUUCAAUCAAUCAAUCAAUCAGUUCAAUACUCUCUGCUCAUUUUUAUUCAUAGAGUGUGCUUUUUUUUUUUUUUUUUUUAAUCAGAACGUUUUCUUAAAUAAGCUAUUUAAGCUUACCGUUUAGUCUGCUCUGCUGGACUUACUAGCUUGUCGUUUCUGUGCUGUGUUGUCUGAUGUGUGAGGCGCUUGUGACAAAAGCGUGUGUGUUUUGCUGUAAAUGGUGAAAAGUAAACUGGAUCUGUGCUCCCUGUA